UUUCCUUAACAUAGCAUGAUGCCGUGCUAUUUAAGUAAUUGAAGGAGUCCCCCCUUCUGGAAUUCAAAAAGCUGCUCUCAAAUUUCCUUCUAUGGCAUACGAUUUGAGGAACAGAACGGAACCGUCUUACGGUACGCAAUCGCCCAUAUACGGCCGGCCGGCCACUACUGCUCCUCCCCUUCCCAGCCAUCACCAUCCGAUGUACGUUCAACCAUCCAGCCUUUACCCUCGGGUCGGUCAACACUCCGGCGGCAACUUCCCCGGGCGUUUUAACCCCACUCCUUCACCAUCGUCCACUACCGGAAUCGGCAUCAGAGUUGCUAUAAAACCAGAAUAUCAAAUUACACCUCCGCCCCCAUUGGCUCCACAAGGAGACGUUCCUCAAUGCACAUUUCAGUUUGAUUUUGACCUUGAGAAGAAGAUUUUGGCUGAAGCAGAUCAAAAGGAAAGCCAAAUCUGGAGCAGGUUACCUCUCGAGAAUCUGCCACCUAGAGGGUCAGACUCAGACCAAGCUUCAAAGGCAUCCCCUGGAGAUCCUGUUAUGAACAAAUACAUUGCAUUCGGUCUCAACAGAGAGGCUGUGCCUCUUGCAGUUGCAAAUUAUGGAGACAAUCCAAACAAGGUCACGGAAUUUGCUGACGGUUUUACUUACUUAAAAGAAAUGGGAUUCUCAUCAAAUAGUGCUGCAGAUGCGUUGCUAAUGAAUGACAACGACACAAACAAGGCAAUCCAACAUUUGCUAAACAAUCCAUCUUACUAAUGCCGGGAGUUGUGGUGCUAUUAUAAGCCACAUCAAUAAUGCUAUUGUAAAUGUGUUUAUAAUUGUUUUAACUUUUGAUAAUGCUAUAUUCAAACUUAUGUAAUUAGAGACCAUCUUCUGAUAUCCCGGUUUGUAGUAAAAAUAACUUUGGAUAUUCUA